AUGGCGGUUACGUCUGCCUCGUGCCUGAAUGCGAGACUUGCUCGUCUUCCUCAGCCUUCUCUCAGCUGUGCCGGCAAAGGUUUCGAGGGCUUAAGGGUUUCAUCAAGUUUUUGUGGGGCUAGGAAGCCCAAUUCGACUGUUGAUUUUCACGUGAAAGUGUAUAAAAGCGUCCACUCGAGGAGAUGCGGUAAACCAACUAGGGCCUGUGUUACUAUGAUGCCAAUAGGAGUCCCACAAGUUGCUUACCUCAACCAUCAGGACGGAAGUUGGUCAAUUCUUGAUUUGUGGAAUGCUCUUUAUCGUGAACGUAUUGUUUUCCUUGCGGAACACAUAACUGAAAACUACGGCAAUGAGAUACUUGCCACAAUGCUGUACCUUGAUACUAUCGAUGACGAUCAGAAGCUUUAUGUAUUCAUAAGUUCCUCGGGAGGAGAUCUUUCUCCUACCAUGGCUGUCUAUGAUACUAUGCAAUCCCUGAGAACUCGUGUGGGCACUCACUGUUUUGGCUAUACAUCUGGUCUGACACCUUUUAUACUUGCUGCAGGAGAUAAGGGUAGUCGAACUUCAAUGCCUCUCACUCAUAUCGUAUUACAGUCUCCAGCAGGCGCUGCUCGUGGCAGGUCUGAUGAUGUUCAAAAUGAGGCAAAUGAACUUCUAAGGAUAAGAGACUAUCUUUUUAAGGAGUUGGCCGAAAAAACUGGCCAGCCUAUUGAUAAGAUCUACAAGGACCUAAGUUAUUUGAAGACGUUUAACGGUAAGGAAGCAGUUGAAUACGGUCUUAUUGAUCGAGUACUGAGCCCUACUGUCAAAAAACCUAAGUCUUUUGGCAAAAGAUCUACUGUCAAAAAACCGAAGUCUGUUAGCAAAAGCUCUACAGUUGGUCUCCGUUAG